GCCCAUUGGCGAUAGAAAACCAUUUUCUGCCUGGCUGCCUAACACCUACUGCUGGGCUGGUUGCCUAAUACGCACGGCCAUUAGGUUACUUUUGUACAAGACUGCAGCGUUCGGCUCUCUGAGGCACAUAGCAGUCCCGCAGCCCGCGUACCAGUCCCUCUCAGCUGAUUAUGCACUUAAUCUAAGCAUGUCCCAACAUGUCAAGUUGAGAAAGGGGCGGAGAGUCGGAGUGAAUGACAUAACGCAAGUAGGCGUGUCAUUAGGCGGGGGCGUGUUUUAGCCGUCAGGCGUGGUUUUGUUCAAGUUGGCUGCUGACUGCGCUGGUCUCCAGUUACAAUUGCCAAUGUUCUUGUCGGCUGAGUGCACGCUUGGACACACAUACACGGAUGCACACGCCGCUGUGACCGGGACACACGUUCUUAUUCCUUAGCUGGCUGCUCUCUCAGGACUUUCCUUUGCACUUGUGGAUUACGGGGUUCCGUGCAAUCUCUCUGUUAAUGUGAUAGCUUUGGGGAUCGCUGUGUUUACAUGCCGACGUGUUGUGCUGCGCUGUGAGCGAGAAAACCUAUCCAGCAAUGGCCAGACCUCUGAAUGACGGGAAGCCCUCUGAGCCUGUAGGAAAUAUUCAGGUUGAGACGAGCCACGCUUUUCCUGCUGGUGUUGCUGAAACCCCCUGUGGUAGAAUCUGUGAACAAAGCCUUCCCUCAAGCCACCCAUCUACCACAAACCACUCUCAGCCAUCCUUCUGCCAGAUGUGCCACUCUUGCCAGAUUAACCACUGCCAGAUCAGCCUUGGGGCAGAGAGCAACUGUGAACAGUCUGGACCUUCUUCUGCACCAUGUGGAAAUAACCACUGCCACUUUUCUGGAUGCUAUAAUACAGGAGAAAGCACAGCUCUCAGUCUCACGCAUUCGGUAAGUGAGAACUCAGGGAUGGAAGAUAAUGUCCGUAUUCUGGACCAGGAAGAUUUUGUAGGGGAUAUUCAAGGUGGAGCAAUUCUUUUGGCAGGCGAAGAAGACAUAGAACGAGAGAUUGCGUUGCGGCUGCGCCGGAUUGGGGAUCAGAUGAAUGAGCUGUAUAUGCAGAGGAGAGUUGGUGGAGAACGGAACUGGUGGGGACCUCUGCGAUGGCAUCUAACUCAAUUCAUUUCUGAAAUCCUCGCUGCUUUAUACAAUCCACUAGUAGACAUUUUACCACAGCACUGAGAUGGUAGGCAGCUGGUACCGUGUUCACAGAGGAAAGAGAAACGGGUGUGUUUUUCUGAAGAUGCCCUUGUCUGCUUCUCUUCUACUUUUAAUUGGGCUUCUGCUGGCAGGAGCCUUAGAGCAGCUGAGGGCCUUAAGAGUUAUUGGGUGAAUUUUCAACGCCAUGUGGACCCCAACUUGUUAGAAGAAUUGGAGAGUCUCUUGGCAUGACUCUUCCGUUGCUGUGAGAACGCAGUUAGCUAUACGGAUGGACAUUGCAAGCCAGGUCGUGUUAUUAGCUGGGACACUGGAUUUGAUGACCGCCUUAUUUUUCCAUCUUUUGGAGGGAGAUCAAACCUGUUACUAAGACAUUAUGCAGCUAUUGCAGACUGUUAUGACAAAUGGCAUUUACUUGUUAAGUGAAUUGCCGUGUCCCUUUUUACUUGUUGAAGUGAUUUAAAUACGGGUUAAUAUGAGGGAAGAUACUGGCACAACUUCUGUAGUUGGGGGAGAGCACAAGUCCUACAAAUAUGGUUCGCAUUUCUGUAGCAAACAAAGAAACUGUUGGUAGGAGCAGCUAUGUUGCUGUCCUUCAUUUAGGGUACUGGAUUAUCUCAAGGUAAACAAAGGACCUUCUGAGUGUAUUAUAUAUAUAUAUAUGUAAGAUUUUGCCAGUGUCCUUAAUCCAAGAGCCGUGACACCCCCACAGGUGGUGCAGACAUUUCUAUGGCUGGAUUUGGCAUAUUUCUGAGCCAUAUCAAAUUGCCGUCCAUGCCAGUUUCCUGAAACCCAUACAAGCCAUAAAGAAGUGGGCUCUGUGUUGUAGAGCCCUAUUUGCAUGCUGGUUUUUAGGUUGAUUUACCAAGCUACAGUUCCCAUUUAUGUACAAAACUUCAGCAUGUUUGUGUGCUAGCAUCCCCUUAAAACACUUCUACUGGAUAAACCUAUGAUGGCCUGCAAUCCUGUUCCUAAAAAAAGCACUUCCGUUCCAUAAAGGUUGGCCUCCAACUGGAUCGUCACACCUCUGCUUAACAACAUUGUCGCUAUGCUCUGGUCCUCAAGAAGGUCUAUGAGUUUUUGUUGUGUGGGGGUGGGUAGGGAGAAUAUUUGAAAACAAAACAUUACAGAUGGUUAAUUUUCUGUGAAUUUACAAUAUUAAAUAUUUUUAUUUAUAAAUAUGUAUAAAUAUAUAUUUUAUUGGCAUUAUAAAUUAAAAUCAAAUGUUUUGGGGAUUUUUGCUUUUUCUAGUUAAGUGGUUUUACCUUAAUGACAAGUGGCCAUUGGCUGGGUGGUUCCCUAGUUUUUUUUUUUUUUCUGUUUCCCCAUUAUUGGGCAAAAUUGAUGUCCUCUUCUUCCCCCUACUGGGCUGUUAACAACCAAAGAAAUAUGUCCAUUUGUACCUUUAUAGUAAUACUUAAUUUACCUUUAAGAGUGACUUUCAGAUUUAUUUUAGGUGCCACCUUCGAUACAAUUAACUUUUUAUUUGCUGGUAAAGUGGAAACACUUUACUAUAUGUUAUACUCCCAAAAACUGGUACUUUUCUUUGGCCUGGCCUGUUCUGUUCAGACACUCAAGGAAACCUGCUAGGUGAAAGAAGUAGGUAGCCUAGCAAUGGUGAUGUAUCAUCUACCACUGAAACAUACAACAUACAAAUAUAUAAAAGGAAGACAAUCAAAUAAAUGUAAAUAUUUAAAAAAAAAAAAUAACAAACUUUUGCUGUAUUCAUAUGUCCUUAAUAUAACUUGAAAACUUUGUUAAACUCUUUGUGUUUUGGCAGCUGGGGAACGUUUUGAGUAAUUUCUAGCCAGCCUGCUGUGUAACAUGAUGUUGGAUCAAACAGUAUAUAGAAAACAUAGCUUCCUACAAUCCCUAAAAGAUUCAUUGGACUGUGACUGAGUAUAAACCACGGAUUAAAAACAUUUCUAAGAAUUGAUAACUUUUGCUAAAUUUGUCUGUAUUGUAGCUAUGACUUAAACCGUUUCCUUGAGGCCAGAACUGAAUGAGCCAGAGCACCCCCUUUAAUUGUAAAAAAUGUGGAUGUCCAUCUUAAAAGACUGAUAUUUUAUAUUCUUCCCCAUUAAUAGGACCUAGAUAGAGUGAUAGCAGAGGCAGAUUUUUUUUUUUUACUAUGAAAAAAUGAAUUAAUGGCCAAUUUAGUGGGUUCCUGAUUCUCCUCCUGCUUUCUUGGAUAAAGUCCUGUGGAACUAUUGCCUGUCAGAGCAUGUAUUAUGGCUUCCCCCAAAUGCUCUUCAUUUCUGCAGUAUUUCACUUUUAGCAUCUCCCCUCUUAUCUUCUGGAAGGGGCUGUAUAAUUUAAUGCAACCGUUCUCAGACCUCUGAUGGAAAAAAGAGAGGGAAGGUUGCAAACCUGUGCACUUUUACUAAGGUGUAAAAAUACCUUUCCCAAUAUGAAAUGUCAUUUAAAGCUUGAUGUCUCUUCUAGCCCUAAAGUGAACAAAUAUGUUUCAAAGCCUUUUUUGUUUUGUUUUUUUGAAACCUUGGAAGAAAACAAGAUUUUUGUCCUCGGCAAAACUGUCAUUUUUGUUAAUUAAAAAAAGAAAAAUAUAUGUUUUGAUGCAGCCCACAGCAAUUCUGUUUUAAAACGUUUGGCCACAAAAUACCCUCAGUAAUGGUUUAAAUGAUGUGUGGUACUUAUUCCUUUUACCUAAAAGCUAAAGCAGGCCAACCCACAUGCCCCUGCUGCUGAGCUUGACAGCGGCCACUGGCUUCCAAAGGAUGAUUGCACUUGUUGAUCAGCAACUUCUUCAUUAGCCAUACACUGUCCACUAAGGACCCCCAAUGUUGUGGGCACAAGCAGGUAUUUCCUACUACAGAGAUGUAGGCAAGGGUUCAACAUUUCAGUUUUUUUGUCAGAAAAAAGCAAAUCUCUGCUUCUCUCUUUAAAGUUGUUUAUACUUCUGCAAAGGAGUUGUGAGAAGCGAAGUUGGCUCUCUAAGAUGUGGGCUAAUUCAGUGUGUAAAUACUGUACAUCUGUGUAAUGUAGACAUCUGAAUUUUUUUCUGUACAUUUGUGAUCACAUUCUUUUUGUACAUGGAUUUUGUAUUUCUUUUCAAUAAAAAUUUGGAUUCAAGCUUA